CCCCGCGCAUCCAUGGAUUGUCUCUGGGCUGGGUGAGCGCUAAAAGGGAGGACCAGGGCUGCAAUCACCGGGAGUGCCAGAGCUGUGAGUUCCAGGAGCUCUAGAAGAAAUCAGUGCCAGCACUGGGACCCACAGGACCACGAGCAGUGCCCACGUCUGGGAGGACCCUUUGGGGGACAGUGACCUGAUCUGAUCUCUUCCUUUACUUUCAUUGUUUGCCCCCCGCACUCCCCCUCCGCUGCUGGCUGCCUUUGAGGGGGUUUUGGGGGGCACCAUGUUUCAGCCAACCCCAAAAAGGUGCUUUACCAUCGAGUCCCUGGUGGCCAAGGACAGCCCCCUGCCAGCCACCCGCAAUGAGGACCCCAUUAGACCAGCUGCCCUCAGCUAUGCCAACUCCAGUCCUAUGAACCCCUUCCUUAACGGCUUCCACUCCACGGGUAGGGGGGUCUACUCUAAUCCGGACUUGGUCUUUGCAGAGGCGGUAUCCCACCCUUCUAACCCUGCUGUGCCAGUGCACCCAGUGCCCCCACAUCAUGCCCUGGCAGCGCACCCCAUGCCAACCUCACACUCUCCGCACCCACUCUUCAGCUCCCAGCAAAGGGACCCCUCAACAUUCUACCCCUGGCUAAUACACAGGUACAGAUACCUGGGCCACAGGUUCCAAGGUAAUGAAACUAGCGCAGAGAGCUUCUUGCUACACAAUGCUCUGGCCAGAAAACCCAAAAGGAUUCGUACAGCUUUCUCCCCAUCCCAGUUAUUGCGCCUGGAACACGCUUUUGAGAAAAACCAUUAUGUUGUGGGGGCAGAGAGAAAACAACUUGCGCACAGUCUGAGCCUCACUGAAACUCAGGUAAAAGUAUGGUUCCAGAACAGAAGGACAAAGUUCAAAAGACAAAAAUUGGAAGAAGAAGGAUCAGAUUCCUCUCAAAAGAAAAAGGGCACCCAUCAUAUUAACCGAUGGAGACUUGCCACAAAACAAGCCAGUCCAGAGGAAAUCGAUGUCACUUCAGAUGACUAAACAAUUAGCACUGUGACUUUGUAAUGAACAAAAUAUAAUAGCAAGAAGUGCUUGUACAAGGGAGUUGGAUUUGCAGUACUGAAAAAUAUGAAGAAUCUGAAGAGUGUGUAUGUGGCACUGAAAGUCCCCCUGACUUUGGUAUACAAGGAUCCCCACAAGAGAGGUCACUGAUGUAUCGGCUCGAUUGUCCCUCAGAAAUAUUAUACAGUUAAGAGGACAUUUUUUUUGCACUUCCAAAGUUUUCCAGUCUUUGAAGAUUUCAACACAGCCAAACAAAUAUAAAUAUAAAAACAAGCAAACAAUCCCUUGUUUAAAAAGACUUGCAUGAAAUCCCAAGAAGCAGGUGCUAUUCAGAAGGCAGUAAAAAAAUGAACAUUGUAAGUUUAUUUUGUAUUUUAUUGUUUCUGAUCUGGGAAACUGGUUAUGUGUGCUCGUUUUUAAGAGAGAUGUGCAGUCUGUAUACAGUAACAGUUUAUGGUACAAUUCAGGAGUCAAAGUGAUUGUGAAAAGCAUAUGCAAUAGAGCCCUAGCAUCAAACAGGGACUACAGAAAUACAAUGCUGAGACAUUAUGGGCUAUCAAUGUUGCAGAAAUGGCUUAUUUUUUACCGAGUGAUUGAAGAAGGGAAGUCAUAUUUUUGGAUUGUAAAAACCUAAACAUAUCCGAUAUUUGUCCAUGUAACACUGAUUGGAAAUGGGUUUGCCAAAAGACUUUAAAUUUGUCAAAUGAUCCAUUUUGGCACCAUAUUGGAGCACUGAGGUUUCUGGUCUAAGAUUACAAAGCUAUUAAAGGAGGACAGAAAAGACAUUUCCCUAAUGUCCUCUCCACCAGAUUGUACAUAUUUUUGUGUUUGUGAUAAUUGUUAGAAUUCUAACACACUAUAUACUUCUAAGAAGUAUGAAUUUGUCAAUAUUUUUUUUUCAAUAAAGAUUUAUCCAAUUGUUCGCAGACAUUAAA